CUCGAUUGCCUUCUACAUGCUCAUAAUGCCAUUGUGCCCUGGUCAAAGUCACUUGUUACACCCACACUGGUAGAGAAAACAGCAAGUGUAGCUGCCUGCAUCAUCACAAACAGGUGGGCCAGGUGAUAGUGGAUUGGUUAUGGAAAGACGUCAAGUAAGAGGCGGAGAUAUGGGUGAUGUCAGGCGAAAAUCAACCCCAGGAACUCUCCACCGGAACCAAAAACAUGCUACGGAGACAGAAUUAAAGCAUACACCAGAUGCUAAAUCUAAUCGCCAUCAACACCACCACUCUGAUAUCUUCUCCUACACCCUCCCCUCACACUCUGAAACCCUUUUCAAUCGUUUACAAAGCCUCUGGGAGGAAAAACUACUCCUGGACUGCACCUUUACCCUGAAAGGAAACUCCUUCCACAGUCACAGGAUCGUGCUGGCAGCUAGCAGCCAAACCCCCAACGCAUUUAUAGGUUCAAAACAAAUGUCUGAAGCAGCGAAUUGUUUGUCCCCCAUUGGCUUGAGGGCAGCUUUGGAGUUUGCAUAUACUGGACGUGUGGCCGUGGACUUGAGUAAGGAGGGGGUGAUGGAGGAGGUGCUGAAUGCUUGUCAGUGUCUAGGGAUGGAGAGGCUGAUGGAAAGGUGCACAUCAAAGGUCACGACCUCUGUGGCAACAGAGAGAGACAAGAGCAUUCGGGUCAUUAAGGACAUGUGGGAGAGAGGGGUAGGGUGUGAUAUCACAAUACAAGCAGAAACUGGAGAGAGCUAUUCAGCACAUCGCGUAGUAGUAGCAGCAGGUGGGGACUAUUUCCGGGCGCUGCUGUGCGGAGGGUUACGAGAGUCACGUGAGGAUGUUGUAUGCCUCCGAGGGGUGCCAUCUUGGGUGAUUGAAUCCAUACUAAGGUUCAUCUACACAGGUCAGCUAAGACUGAGCUGGAACCGGGUUUGGGAGAUCACAGAUGCACUGAUUCAGUUUCAGCUGGAGGGGGCGCUCUCGCUGUGCAUCAACUUCCUGCAGGAGAGAAUGGAUGAAAGCACCUGUCUAGAUGUGCUGGUCCUGGCUGAGAACUAUGGGCUGGUGCAGCUGGGACAGGCUGCAGAGGAGUAUACCCUAGCCCACUUUCAGUGCAUCUCUGGUUGGGAGAAGAUCAAGGAUAUCCCCUGUCCCCUCCUGGACAGACUGCUUGAGAAGGACUCACUGUGUGUGGAGAGUGAGAUUGUUGUAUUCCGGACAAUAGUGAGCUGGGUUGAAGACAACCUUAAAGAAAGACUCCCGUGUCUGCCAGGUCUACUCCUCCGAGUUCGUAUCCCCCUUCUCAACUACUCUGACCUCCAGGAGGCCCUAAGCUGCAGCCUCUUAUAUAGGAGCCCCGGGACCAGAGUGAUAUUAAAGGCCCUUAAAAGUUUUACAGAUGGACAUUAUAAAGGACCCGAAUGCCGACCUCGUACUGCAAACCAGGUCCUGGUUUUAGUUGGUGGCGAUACUGUUGAUGAUGAAUUCCAGAAGAGGGUUCCCAGCCAGAUGUUGUGGUUCGCUCAACAGUUCCACCGUGGGCCUGGCCUAAUCAGAAGCAUAGACUGGAAACAAUAUGCAAAGGUCCCUGAACCGGCCCGCUUCAGACACUGCGUCUGUCUCCUCAACAACAAACUCUACAUCCUGGGAGGACGGAAGUACUAUGGAGCCUUGGAUAUCCUUAAGUCUGCAGUGAGGUUUGACCUGACGCAUUGUAAAUGGGAACUGCUGCCUGACAUGCUGUGUCAAAGGGACUACUUUUCUGCUGUGUGCGUGGACGGGAAGGUUUUUGCAAUCGGCGGAAACCGUGAUGAUAGCCAGUACCAGGACACUGUGGAGUACUACACUCCUGAAGAGAACACCUGGAGGCCAGCUCACCCCCUGAAGACAGCUGUCUGCGGUCACGCUGCAGCUGUACUGGAUGGGCAGAUCUACAUCUCCGGUGGCUGUGACCCCCAUCACAGUUGCCUCUCCUCUAUGUGGAACUACCACCCUUCGCAUGGCUGUUUUCCAAGAGCACCCAUGACGGCGGGAGCUGGACGUGCCGGCCACAUCAUGCUAGCAUACGGGAGGGGGCUGGUGGUCGCUGGAGGGCUGCAGCCAUUCCGGAUGGGCUUUGAAGACCAACUCCUCUGUGAGAUCUAUAACCCAACACAUGACACCUGGUCCUCUUUCCCCACCCUGCCUCGACCACAUCUGUGCCCAGGAGCAACUGUGCUUGAUGGACGGGUGUAUGUGGUGGGAGGGUCUUCAGCAAACACAGCUAGGGAUACUAACUGGGUGCAUUGCUAUGACCCCAAGGAGGAAUGUUGGGAAAAUCUAGGUGCUAUGCCAUACCCAUACGCUGAUCUCGCAGCAUGUUCCCUGCCUUUUCCUGACCUGGUUAAUUAGGAUUAGAGUCCUUUAAACAUAUUCUGAAGAAACUUAAAUGCCUAGCAUGAGUUUAUGAACUACGAUAAACAAACGUUGUUUUUUGGGUUUUCUUUUAGAAGUAGUAAAUACAUCCAAUGAUGACCUCAGUAAGUGAACAAUGAUAUUAUACUUGCCAAACAAAGACAGUGAAGCAUAGGUCAAUUUUACAUUGCAGACCUGCAGGCUUAAAAAUAUUGAUUUGCUCGCACUUCUCAGGGCUGGCGAGAACUGGAGCAUGGACUGCACCUGCAGCAAAGAGGAAAAGACUGAAGGCUGGUUCACAGCUAAAUACAGCAGAGGUGAACUGAAGAACUGGCAAUGAGUGGGAGAGUUGCAAGCCCUUAAAUAGAGUUCCAGGCUUGAAUGCAUGACUGGAAGCAGGUGAGUUAGUAGCUCAGGCCUCACAUAUCGCACUUUAGCGCCUCCCAUUAGCACACCUUAGACCAGUGAUUCCCAACUACUGUGCCAUGACACAUGGCCCAUGAGAAAUUACCAGUUGUGCCACUGGAAAUUAUCCAAUUUCACUGGUCAGAUAUAUCUACAUAUAUAUAUAUAUAUAUAUUAUUUUUUUUUUUUUUUACUGCAAAAAAUGAUUUGUCUGUGCCAGCAAGAUAUAUUGACAGGCAGAACAAUUAAAUUGUCUUCCACUAGGUGGCACAUGGGGGAUGGUGGAUAAUUACGUUUUUUUUUUUUACAACCGCUAUGACCCAUUUGUCAGAACCUUACACAAUUUUUUUAAACUGUUAACGUACAUCACACCUGAAACACACAAUCCCCAAACAGUUAAUUUCAUGCUCAAAAUCAUGCAGUGUAACUAAACACAGACACAUAUUUCCAAAAUACAAUAAUACACUAAUACAGUUCACCAAAUCUACCAAAGCACUGACGUUGACACGUUGUUUUCCAACAGAAACAUUUAAUCAGUCACAGCACAGUGUCAUAAAAACACUGACAACUGACGGAAUAACACAAACUGAAUCACUUUACAUGUGUCAAAUCUACUUUUUUCCUUUUUCUUUUGCAAUCAACAGAUUAUUGUAUUGAUCAUACAUGUAAAUUAAUGUUUGCCAUUCAGCAACAGAAAAAGUUGUCAUGUCACUGUGAGACAGUGGUGACAGCAGUGGAUAAAUACUUGAAAAGCAAAAGCACUCAAUCCAAACUGAGUCCUGGAGGAAAUUCUGACCCAAAUGAAGGCCCUAGUAUGGGUAGUGGCCAGAAGAAAUUAAAAAAAAAAAAAGUUGAGCUCAAGACAAUACUAUUAAAGUUCUCUUUCCUUUGGAUUUCCUUUUACUGAGCCAUGGUUCCAAGUAGACUUAAAUGCCAUCUCCAAACAAAACACCCUUCCCUUCAAAACAAAAACACUGUUGUUCAAUUGUUUAACUGCGUGAAUAGACUGUGAAAGAUGCAGCUUUAUACCAUAUGAUGGUGACGAAUGAGAGAGCUCCCAAGGCUAGUUAUCAAGUUGCUGAAAUUAAAUGUAAAGUGUAAAUGAGCUGGGCAUUUAAAGCAUGACAGUCAUAAAAACUAAAAAAAGACAGAGACUCAGAGCCGUUAAAGAAGAUCUUUUUGUGUGUCUUUCCUCAAUUCCUGUGAGUGUAUCAGCUUUGUGUUAACUAAACAGGCCCUGAUUUCACAGAGAUUUCACAGAGAGCAGAUGAUCAUUGUUUCAUUAUUUGUACUUUUUGUGACAUUUUUACUUGGUGGCCUGCCAUGGGAUUUAUCUAAUGUAAAAUAUGUACCAUGCCUCAAGAAAUUUUGGGAAACACAGACAGGAACACAGCAGUGCUGACCAGCAGGGGGGGCACCAGAGGGCGCUGCUGUGCAGGGGAGGAUUAUAAGCUUCCAUAUGUUUUCCUGUGUCAAAAAUGUUGUUUUGCAGUUAAUAAAUAAUAAACUUCGUCCCCAAUUAAA